CGAAACGAAACAAACAAUGACAGACCACUUCUCCCUCCUGAGUCUCACAAUCCGCUUCUCCUCCUCAAUCCCAGACGUUCUCCUCGAAAUCCCCGACCCAGCCCACCUGACAGCCGCAGGCCUCAAACAGCUCAUACGCCAACGACUCCCGCAUGAUCUCUCCACACACCGCCUCCGCCUCAUAUAUGCCGGCAAAGCUCUCGACGAUGCCUCCUCGCUCGCCUCCUCGCUAAACAUCGCCGCUACCCUACCUAGGAUUAGGGAUGAGAUCACCUCGUUCCCGGUACCGGAUUCCUUCUCUCGCGCAGGAGAUGGAAGGGGUGGUGGUGGUAAUGGGAGUGGGAAAGACAAGGGCAAAGCACCCGUGCGGGACCCCCCCGCGCCACGACUACGGACCUACAUUCACUGCUCGAUUGGUGAUAUUAUCCUCUCCCCAAAGGAGUUAGAGGCUGAGGCGCAGCUGGCGCGUGUAGCGGAGGAAAAUGAUAGUGCAAAAUGGGAAGGCAAGGGGUCGGACGGGUCAUCCACUCGGCUAAAACCUUCGUCUGCCGCUUCAUCCUCCGCCUCCGCCUCCGCCUCUGCCUCCGCCUCCAACAUCCUACCCCCACCACGAUCGUCGACAUCGGGCAGUUUUGCAACUUCUACUUCCGCAACCGCACCACGUGGUACCACCUCGCUCUCGCUUUCGCCCUCCUCCGCUACUGAUCACGUCCAAUCUUCAUUAACCGCCAGCCGCCCACCACCCAACGCGCCCGGUCCCAGGGGCUUCGACCGCCUGCUAGAUGCAGGCUUCACAGCGGCAGAAGUCUCCGCGCUGCGCUCGCAGUUUCUCGCCCUCCAGUCACUCUCGCAUACGCCGGAUACGAUGCCGUCCGGCGCAGAGCUACGACGGCUAGAAGAUAUAUGGAUGGACGAGGGAGGUUCUGCGGGCUCUGUGGAAGGAGAAGGUGGCGGCGGCGCGGGGGCGGUUGGGGGCGGUGGUAGUGCGGGGAUUGCCAAUUAUGGAGUCGGCUCAACGUCGGGGGCGGCGGGGCCACUGGAUGAUAUGUUGUGGGGAUCUGUGAUGGGGUUCUUUUGGCCUGUGGGGUGUGGGCUGUGGUUGUUGAGGGAGCAAGGGGUUUGGAGUUGGAGGAAAGGGUUGGCGGUUUUUGUGGGGAUUGUGGUUAAUUUCGGCUUUGGGGUUGUGAGGUUUUUGAAUUGAGGGUCGUUGAAUUGCAUUAUGUUUAUCCGUAAAUGUUUUUUGGUUUUGUGUUUUAUAGCGCUUUUGUUUAAUCCCUUUGGUUUUGGCUGGAGCCAUGACUGGAUAUGUACUCCGUAGAUGAUAGAUGAUAAAGCAUUAGAUACCCACGCAUCUAGCA